AUGGCGGCAGCGACAGCAAGCUCGCUCUCCCUCCUCCCCUUCGCGCCGCGGAGUCCUCUCCUGCUGACGCUCGCUGCUCGCCACGGGGGUAGGAAUGUGGGAGGAGCCACGGGACCCUUGCGGCUCGCGAGGUUGCGGCUGCGCCGCGGCCGUGCAGCCGCCGCCGUCGCCGGCGAAGGGGAGUUGCCCGUGGAGGAGGCGGAGGCUGCUCUGAGGGUGGCGGCUGAUGACGACAGCAUCACCGCCACAGUGGUGUCCGUGCUGCUCACGCUCGCGUUCGUCGGCCUCUCCCUCCUCACCAUCGGGGUGAUCUACUUGUUAGUGCAGGACUUCCUGCAGAAGAGGGAGAGAGAGAAGUUUGAGGAGGAGGAGGCUGAGAGGCAGAAAGAGGAGGCGAGGAAGAAGAGGGCCAAGGCGAGGAAGAAGAGAAGAAAUUAUUGA